AUGGCCGACUCGGAUGAGGAGUACGUGGGAGAUGUCACCGACGAUGAGGAUGAUUUCCAGGUGGCCCAGAGCGACCGAGCGCAGCCGCGCAAAAGAAAGCAACGUGGAGGCGCGGAAUGGGAGCUGUCUCGCACCUGGGAAACUCUGGUGGAAGGCGCCGAUGGAACGAUCAGCUCGACCGUUGAAGGGCUUCUGGAGGCGAACAAGCGCAAGAGGCUGCUGAAAGACACCACGCCUCUGCAACGCGGCAUCAUACGACAUCUCAUCCUCAUCCUCGAUCUUUCAGAGGCCAUGUCCGAGAAAGAUCUCCGACCAACGCGAUUCCUGUUAACCCUUCGAUAUGCCCAGGAAUUUGUGCGAGAGUUCUUUGAGCAAAAUCCCAUCUCGCAACUCGGUGUCUUGGGCCUCCGCGACGGCCUGGCACUUCGAGUGAGCGACAUCAGCGGCAACCCAACGGAACACCUGACAGCUAUUCAGGCACUCAGAACUCAAGACCCGAAAGGACUGCCGAGUCUCCAGAACGGCCUGGAAAUGGCACGGGGUGCUCUCUUUCACACACCUAGCCAUGGCACUAGGGAAGUACUCGUCGUCUUCGGCUCCCUUCUUUCGUCCGACCCCGGCGAUAUCCACCAAACAAUCAACACCUUAGUCGCCGAUAAAGUUCGGGUCCGGAUCGUCGGUCUCGCUGCUCAAGUCGCAAUCUGUCAAGAGCUGUGCAGCAAAACGAACCGAGGCGAUGAAACUGCAUACGGGGUUGCGCUCAAUGAGCAGCAUUUCCGGGAGCUCUUGAUGGACGUGACGACACCGCUAGCGACCCAAAAACAAUCCGCAAGCUCGCUCCUGAUGAUGGGCUUUCCCUCGCGCACCGUGGAGCCCUGUCCCUCACUUUGUGCAUGCCACUCCAGGCCCUCUCGAGGUGGAUACAUGUGUUCGCGUUGCGGAAGCAAAGUGUGUAGUCUGCCUGCCGAGUGUCCGUCCUGCGGCCUGACCUUGAUCCUCUCCACCCACCUGGCACGUUCCUACCACCACUUGUUCCCGUUGAGGAAUUGGGUGGAGGUGCCGUGGCGCCGGGCCUCGAGCUCGGCUUGCUUUGCUUGUGGCCUGCCCUUCCCAGCUGUACCACCGGAGGCUCAGUGGUCGGCAAUUGAGAGCCACACGAAGGGCAUGAGUGUAAGCAGUCGUUACGAAUGCCCGGCGUGUGAGAACCACUUCUGCAUCGACUGUGAUCUUUUCGCCCAUGAGGUCGUUCACAAUUGCCCCGGGUGCCAGAGUAAAAGUGCUCCGGUCGUGUCCGAGCGGAUGGACACGACGGCUUAG